AUGCUUUUCGGUUACGACACUGGUGUCAUCUCGGGUGUACUCGUGGUACUUGGAGACGACCUUGGAGGCCGCGAAGUCACAAGCUCGGAGAAGGAGGCAAUCACAGCACUGUGUGCUGCCGGUGCGCUCGUGGGUGCUAUCAUUGCCGGCGUGACGUCCGACAAGUAUGGUCGACGACCAGCAAUCUGGUUUUCGAGCAUUCUGUUCACGAUCGGAGCGAUUGUGCAGGCUACCUCAUAUAGCAUCGCACAGAUGUGUGCCGGUCGAUUCCUCAUCGGCCUCGGCAUUGGGUCUGCCUCCAUGAUCGUUCCGCUCUACAUUGCUGAAAUCGCUCCGGCUCGGUUCCGCGGUAGAAUGAUCUCGGUCGAUAUGAUAUUCCUAGGCACUGGCUCUGUCUUGGCCUAUGCAUUCGAUGCUGCUUUCUACAAGGUCAAUCAUGGCUGGCGCUACAUGAUCGGAAUCGGAGCAAUACCCUCUAUUGUCUUGGGUAUCUUGUUGUUCUGGUGCCCAGAAUCUCCUCGUCAAUUGAUGUUCCACGGUCGAAGAGAGCAAUGCGAGAGCGUCAUCAGGCGUAUCUAUGGAAAUGCUUCAGAACUCCAGGUUCAAGAGAAGAUGCUUUCCAUCGAGCAAGGCGUCAACGCGGCCAAGUCACUGAAUGAAGAGAUAUCGAUCACAAAGUCCAUGCGACUACUGUUUUGGGUUCCUGCAAACCUUCGCGCUGGUAUCGCUGCAUGUGGCCUCAUGUUCUUCCAGCAGUUCUGCGGGUUCAAUACGCUUAUGUACUACUCGUCCACGCUGUUCGACAUCGUUGGCUUCUCGAACCCCAUCGCCGUCGGCAGUGUUGUUGCUGUGGUGAACUGGAUCUUCACGGUUCUCAGCAUUUUUAUCAUUGAUCGAGUUGGUCGGCGCAAGCUCCUACUCUGUACGAUGUGGGCGAUGCCCAUCUGCCUGGUGGUUGCUGCCGUCGCCUUCAUCUGGGUACCAAUCGAUCACCGCACGCUGGAGCUCACGAGCGACCACAUCGGCUGGCCGGCAUAUCUUGUGCUGGUCGCGAUGAUCCUCUUUGUUGCCUUUUACGUUGCUGGCCUGGGUUGCGUACCCUGGCAAGCGAACGAGUUCCUGCCCAUGGAGGUCCGUGCAAUGGGUACGAUGAUGAUCAAUGUCUUCAACUGGGGUCCUAACAUCAUUGUCUCGGCGACAUUUCUGACCAUGAUGAAACAAAUCACACCUUCGGGUACCUUUGGAUUUUACGCCGUACUGUGUUUCCUCGGCUGGAUUUUCGUUUUCUUCUGCUUCCCGGAGUGCUCGCAGAUGACACUCGAGGAGGUCCGCAAUGUGUUUGAGCAUGGCUUUGGCGUCAAGCAUGCCAACGAGUGGCGAAGGGAGUACAAGCGCGGUGAAAAGGCUCGUGGCCCUCAGAAGAGGCAGUCUAAGGUAUGA